AUGUCCUACUCCUACCCCGAUCUAUCUACCAUUCUCGAAGUCUACCCCCAAUGUGAAAGCCACUGCUACGGGUACGCCCCAUCCAAACGGCGCCGCUGCAGGCUGCCAACAAGGAAGGACAACCGAGACAAGGCUGCCCGCCUGCUCAACGAGGGCACGAGACUCCUACAGCGCGGCCUAUCCGUCGACAGUCUGCUCAUCGAGCUAGCCCCGCUAGUCCUCUGCACACGCUUCCACCAAAACCAGGCUGACAGCCUGGUCAGCAACUGGCGGGCUAAGCUGCGGGCGUUCAAGGAGCAGAGUCUUCUAGCUGCUGUGCUGAAAUCGCUCCGGGAGUAUGCGGAGAGUCGCGCACGUCCGCUUGCUGCUGGAUCAGCGGGCGAGCAGCGUGUCUCGGACAGGUCGGCUGUUGUUGAAAUAGAAGAAGAGGAGGAAGAAGAAGAAGAGCGAGACAGGGAGGACGAGCCUGGACCUGAACUUGAACCUGAACCUUCUGCCAGCCGGCCAUCUGCAGAGUCUUCGUCGCCAGCCGUUGAGACUCAUGUGGCAGAGCCAACCGUGCCUCAGAGUGAGCCCAGAAGGACCACUCGAAAGCCAAUUGAAGGAGACUGUGGCAUCUGCAUGUGUCCUCUACGAGAACAAGACAGUGAUGAAGACGCCGAAGAAUCAGAAGACAGCGAUGAUGAAAAUGAUAACGAUGUGGCGGGCACAGGGUCCGACACAGAGUCCGACAACGAGCACGAUGGCUCCGAAGAAGACGGCCUUGACCUUGACGACAUUGUAUAUUGCAAAAACGAGUGCGGCACUAAUUACCACAAAGCCUGUAUCGACGUGUGGCUUGCUACUCAGAGUACAUUUCGAACCCCAAGUGGGAAUACUGUCUGCCCGUCCUGCCCGAAGUGUCGAGCAGCCUGGUCAUCCUAA